CCCCCUGUUUGUAGUGCUCGUUGUUGAGAUCUAUAAAUAACCGAAAGCAGCGCUUUUUAGGCGGCUUUGUUGGGCGGCAUCCACUCUCUCGGUUCGAGACCCUCAAACCUGCACAGCUUUCGGCUUUUUAAAGAUUCGCUAUCUGGGACGGGUUUUCCCAAAUCUGCAAAUCUUGCGUACGGGUGGUGGCCAGCACACAGAGAGAGGCCCCAAAAGUUGAAACUGUGCGCUGGACAGUCCCUUUCAGAGCACUGGCAACUAGAGGGUACCUCUGUGUAUAAAUAUAGUGGUGUUUUCUUGAAGAUGUCGACUCCACUGCGAAGAAAGAGCGGUGUGGACGUGAGCGUCAAUUUGAACAAGCCGUUGCCUCCAAUCACAGUCACGGUGGGGGAGAGAGAUAUGCUGCAAUCGACGUCACGACAGGGCCAUAUGGGCUCAAGCGUGUGUGAUGUUGAUAAUGGCUCGGGCCAGGGUGAGCUGCUGUUCCAGCCGAAGACCAUGAAAAGAAGGAAUCUGAAGAAGCUGACGCUUGGAGAUGAAUCGCCGUCGUCCAACUCUGUCUCGUCUCUAUCAUCGCCGGUGAAUAUGUCCCUGAGGACACCUGUGACGAUACUAUCUACAAAGAGCACAGAGGAUUUGGAGUUGGCAGAGAGCUUUAAGAAGCUCUCGACCACGCUGAAUCGGGAUUUCGAAAUAAGGCAACAGGAUCUACUCACUUUGAAGUCGCUUGGAGAAGGCCAAAGCGGCGUUGUCUCUAAGGUUCUUCACGUGCCCUCUAAUAAGAUCAUGGCCAAGAAACAGAUCCUGUUUGAGAAGAAUAUCAAAGUGCAGAACCAAAUCGUGCGUGAGCUGAAGAUUCUUCAAGAGGUUGAUAGCCCUUACAUUGUUGAAUUCUAUGGCGCAACGUUCAUAGACACAACGUCAUCAACUUCGGAAGAGUCGACGAUAACACCUACGGAGCCAUCGUCUAACGAUCAACAAGCAGCCAAGCAGGCAGUAGUUUCUAAUAGCUCUGAUGAAACACCAAGCCUGUCCGCAAACGGUGUGAUAAUAUGCCUGGAAUACAUGGAUUGUGGGUCUCUGGAUCAUAUAUUAAAGCAAUUAGGGUAUCUGAAGGAGGUUUACCUGUCCAAAAUCACACAUAAUGUAUUGCAAGGCUUGGAUUACCUCUAUUCUACUCACAAGAUCAUCCAUAGGGAUAUAAAGCCAUCCAACGUGCUGUUGAGCUCCAAAGGUGAGGUGAAGAUCUGUGAUUUUGGAGUUAGCAGAGAGUUGAGUAACAACUCCAUAGCUGACACCUUUGUUGGAACGUCGACAUAUAUGUCUCCUGAGAGGAUACAAGGUGACGUAUACAACAUAAGAGGCGACGUGUGGUCCCUAGGGCUAAUGCUCAUCGAAUUGUCCACUGGUGAAUUCCCAUUUGGUAAAAAAGACACUCCAAAUGGAAUACUCGAUCUGUUACAGAGAAUUGUCAACGAGGAUCCACCAUCGUUACCUAGAAGUAGGUACAGUAAGGAGCUAUGUGAUUUCGUUGAACUGUGCCUGAAGAAACAGAAUGAACGUCCAACACCAUUGGAGCUGCUCAAUUUGCCACAUGGUCUACUGAAGAAGUAUGAACGGGAGAAAAGUGGUCCUUUGUUAAGACACCUAGCAAAGAAACUAAGAUAGCACACCAUAUUCUUGAACACUCCCUUAAUAAUAGCAUUGUCAUUUUAUAGCACUUACCGUUAUGUACAGAACAAACACCGUAGACCUGUUCAUUCAAGCACUUCACUCUUCGUUCCCCAGAGUAUUCCCUCAGUCCCUCUCACCACACCAAACCCCAGUAACCCAACGCCGAAUCCCUUAACAGCAUUUCUCCACCAUAUCGGGUUCUUCUUUAGAUUCUCCUCAACGCUAAUUUUAUCAUUCUCAAACACCCUUCCGCUGGCAAACCAAUAACCAGCUGCAAGCGCAAAGCAGGUGGACAUUAUUUGACAAGGAACACAGUCCUUUGUUUCCUCUG